GUGUGAGUCGGUGUCAUGACGCUCGCUGACUGUGUUGUCCUAACCCAGUGACUGUAGCUGCUGCUGCUCUGCCUUGUUUUUGUGAGAACUCGUGAAUACAUGUCGCAGUUAUGUAGCACACAGGAGGAGGACUUUACCCCGCUGUGACCGGCUAACUUCAGCGUUGUGUGGCAGCCCCCUUACCCGGCUUGUUUACACGACUGCGAACCCCCCCCCCCCUCCGUUUGGUCCACCAGCUAGCUGUAGCCACAAGCUGCACUGCGAUGUGCUGCUGUUUGUUUUUGUCGUCUCGGCUAGCUCUCUGACUCAUCUGACACAUUGUUUGUGAGUCCUGUGCGAAGAAGAAAAUACACUACAUCGUGUUUGGUUGUUGUUGUUGUUGUUGUUGUCUUUAAGCUAAGAUGUGGCAAAGUGUCGGGCUCACACUGCUGGUCAUUGUGGCCACACUUGUCUGCGCGCUGCUCUUCAUGCUGUUCGGUUGGUAUGUAGUCUGGCAGCUCUUCUUAUCCAAGUUCAAGUUCCUGCGCGAACUCCUCGGCGACGCCAGCACCCCGCCGGCCGAACCGCAGCCGUCCGAAACCAAGAGUGAACGAACGGCGACCGCCCCGACGAGGACUCGGCCCAGGACCGCACGCCAAAGAGUCGCCACUGCAGAAAGCACUUAAGACAACGAAACCCCCGCUCUCACUGUGACUGCUCAUCAGACAUCUACGCACGACACUCAGCCCUCCUCUCCUUAGGACACUUUAAACUGACCGGGCAGACCUCCUGGUUCAAAGGGAAAAGCCAUCGCUGUCCAUUUCUUUGUCUUUACUUGUGUACAGUGCGGUGAGUGUGGGGGCUCCGCUCAUGAUCUUCUUGCAGUAGUGACAGCUGCUUUCAUGAGCCCACGCUGCUUCCUGCCAGAAUGAGGAGUACAAACAUCCUCCAUCUUUUUUUAACACGUGUGAGUUAGUUGUUUGUUUUUUUUUUUUUGAAGAAGAAGAAGGUCGGCAGAUAAAUGUCAAAUACUAGCUCGUCUACAUCAUUUCAACAACUGAAACAGUGACUCGCACAACUGACAGUUUUUAUUUUCCCUUAACUACGUAACAAAGUGCAAUGAAAGGAACGUGGAAGCUGCCGUUUUGGAGGAGGCGGAGACGGCCCCAAAAAAAAUGUCUUUUGAGGAAGACGACAAAUGGCACGACUUCAUUCCAGUUGUGUAAAAUGUGACACCCCCCCCCCCCCCACAUCGCUACUUCUCCUUCACACUUAAUUCUGUACUUGAAGAGUCGGGAGAACGUUUUUGAGAAAAUGAUGACUGUUGGUGUUUAGCAGCAGCAGCUCUGGACGUCAGGCGUUUUCGGACCAAUCAGUUCUGGGCACUGCCCCCCGGAGAGGAACCGCCCACUAUGGGACACGUCCCACCUUCAAGGCCUCGUAUUUUGAAGUUGAACAACAUGGAUCGACAACAGACGGCGGACAAAGCGAUUAGAGCUCUCUUGAUAAGUCUUUUGGGUGAUGACAAAAAAGUGUGAAUUGGAAACUUCCCUGUUGCUCCAUUUGUCUGUCCUUUGGUCCACUUUAUUACCGCUGCUCUACAAGCUGUCAAACGUGCGUCUAAAGGCGGCGGCUGCGUCGGCUCCAUGAGGAAUGGAUACAGCGAUGGAUGAGGGAUCCUUUUUAAUUUUAUGAAAGCUCCUCAUUGGUGCAUGACAACUUCAGGACGUGGGUCUUAAGUUAUUUGAAUCUUCUAGAUAACUUGAGCACCGUGUGGCCAACAGAGCAAGCCCUCUAGCAGGUUAAUUAAGCCCCGCCUCCAAUCACCAAGGUUUAUAAAAGUAACACAAGCGGUUUGACUUAAGCAGCCUUUUUGCGGGUUAUUUAAGUGUCUGUAUUGGGUGGUUAAAGCCUAAAAAGAAAACUAGCUGCUUAAUUUAAUGUAGGUAGAAUGUAAAAGUGCUUUUAAAGGCUGGCACACUUCUUUAAGAGGGACUUGAGCAGCUCAAAUGUUUGACAAAUCAUAAUAUGCUGACGUCUGGACCAGUCCUUGCACACUACAUCUUAAAGGUUCCUCUGGUUUUGUAGAAACUAGAAUGGCUCCCCUUUCUUGCUGUGCAAAAACAAGAAAGAAGUCGAGGGGGGGGGGGGGCCUCAAACUCUUCUCGGAGCUGUGCAUGAGUUCCUCUGGUCUGAGAACGCCUGAUGUCUGAACCUCCUCCUGCUCCCCGUGCCUCUGUCUGCUCCAGUGCCUGUUUAGAUGGCAUCCACAGUUUUGUUACAUGGCAUCUUUUUGUAAAACUGACUUGGUUCCCAUUACAGGGAGCGUUGAAGCUGACCAUGUAGGGCCUCUUCUGUGUUUAACUGAUACUCUCCCUCCAGGUAAAGCUCAUGUAACUUUGCACCUUUUUAUCUGCAGUUUGAUUUUUCCAGUGGAGCAGAAGCUUCAAAUAAAUAUCGCCAUGAAUAAAGAUUUUGUUCUG